GCCCCGCUGCGUCUCGCUCAGAUAUAUCGUUGUAAAAUAAUGAAUUAUAUGAAAAUAUUACUUCUUUCCUCGUAUUUAUAUGUUACGCGAACGCACUGUCGGAUAAGUUAACACCAGUUAAUCGGUUCCAUUCUAUUUAUUUUUUUACAUUCAGUAGCACCAACGAGCUGGCUCUUUUAAGCGAGCUUAAUUAAAAGGUCCCUCUUGUUCUCCGACCGCGUUAAUACGACCAAAAUAUUCUUCUAAUUCUAGAUGUUGACCGUCACGAAAGUCGAAAAUACGAUAAAAGGUUUAUUUUGUGAUUUAGCCAUGAACCACCCAUUUUCCUCGAGGAUGGUGCGGCCUAACCUGCCUUUGCGGAAGCCGUCAUCCAGUCCAUCCACGGCCUGCACAUUUCCAGGACUCGCCGUGCCCGGUGGGAGCCCACUGAUGUCGGCUUUGAUGUCACCUGGAGCCGGCUCAAUACUCUCGCCAGCCAGCGUGGCCACAUCCCCUGUGUCUCCUGUAUACCUGUGCCACUUUUGUGCCAAGCCAGGGAAUACGCGGUGCAAGCGCUGCAAGAAGGUGACAUACUGCUCUGCGCAGUGCCAGACGGAAGACUGGAAGGCGCACAGGCACAUUUGCAAAGAUCCUCAGCUUGAAAAGGCGAAGCUAAAUCUGACUGAUGCGUUGUCUGUGAUGCCAAACAAAGGCAACCCACCCGAUUCAAUGCAGGCAGAUGCACUUAAACCCCGAAGGGUUUAUUUGAAGGAUCUUCACAGAAGUAAGAUUAAAAAAGGAUCAGAUAUUCAGGCAUCUGUUGUAGAAUUCUACAACCCAGGGAGGUUUUUUCUUGUCGUCCAAAGCCCUGAGCUGCUCGAUGCUCUGCAGAGCAUCAGCAACAAGCUCCAGAAGCCCUCCAGGUGCCCCCCUGAGACCUCUUAUAUCCCAAACGUUGGGGAAGUCUGCAAAGCACAGUUCUCUGGCGAUCUGGUUUGGUACAGAGGCCUGGUGCAGAAAUUGGUUGCUGACACACAGGCACACAUACUUUACAUUGACUACGGGAAUGAAGAAGACGUACCCUUUGACAAAAUCAAGCCCCUGCCUGCUGAUCUUGAGCUUUUUCAUCCUUGUGCAAUGGAGUGUCAUGUCGCUGGCGUGGAACCGAUGGAUGGUAGCUGGCCCACAGAGUGCUGUGCAACGGUGAAACAGCUUCUGACUGGCAGGACUGUGACUACCAAGCUGGUGGAAACACUGGAGAAUGAUCAUGCUCAUGCUGUGGACAUCCAGAUGUACGUGGGAAAGUAUUUGAGCUCAUUCCUUAUUGAGUGUGGUUUUGCAGUGAAAACAACAGUGGACAUUCCACCUACGGAGCACAAUAUUAACGCUAUGCUGAGUGCUUCCUUGGAAAACUUUGCACGUCGCUCUGAGGGGAAGGACGACAACACCUGGGCUCAGCUGCCAGAGCCUUUGACCCAAGCGGUGGGAGAUUCUUUCUUUGUGGUGAUCACACACCUCCAGUCCCCUUAUAAUAUAAUUGUGCAGAAGGUUGAGAAUGCAGGAGUCAUUCAGGAGUUCCAGAUGCAGUUGAGGCUCCACUGCUGUCAGGUUUUUAUGCUUCAAAACUUCCGACCAGCACCUGGCACUGUUUGUUGCGCCCAGUUCUCAGAGGACAAGCAGUGGUAUCGGGCCAAGGUUCUGGCGUAUUCAUCGGAAGAGCGCGUCUGUGUUGGCUACAUUGAUUUUGGCAACUCUGAAGAUGUGCAUUUAGACGACCUGAGACCCAUCAACUCCUCACUGCUGGCUUUUCCCAUGCAGGCCAUUCAAUGUGCUCUAGCAGGCGUGCAGCCUAUCGGAGAGAGCUGGUCAGAGGCGUGCCUUUUAAACCUGCACCAAAGAGUUUGUAAUAGAAUCCUGCGCACUGAGAUCCAAGGGGCACACGAGGGCAAAGCUCUGGUCUCCAUGGUUGACGAGGCAAGCGACCCUCAGGCAAAUAUUGCCGAGUUGCUCAUCUCUGCUGGGUACGCCGUUCCCUGCGCUGUUAAGGCCAACGACAUCCAGCAGGUUGAGCAACCAACAGUUCCUGCAGAACCACAAGUAGAUGCACCUUUGGUGUGGUCCUCAGUUGAGCUUCCCACCAAUGGCCAGUCGGUGGUGUUGUCUGCCACUGUCAUUGUGAGCCCUGGAGAGUUUUUCUGCCACAUUGACAAUCCUGCGGACAACAGGCAGCUAAUAGAGAUCACCGCUGAGUUGAAGCAACACUGCGAGGCAGAUGUGGCAGCCUUUGAACCCAAAAUUGGGGAGCCCUGCUGUGCUUGUUUUCCAGGUGACGGAGCCUGGUACCGUGCAAAGGUGAAAAGUCAGUCCGAAGACACAGUGGACGUGAACUUUGUGGACUACGGUUACAGCAUGGCAUUGGAAAAAAGGCACCUUCGCUCAAUAACAACUCGACUCCUUCAGCUGCCCUUCCAGGCCAUUCACUGUUUCCUCUCAGGUGUGGAGGCCAUAGAUUCAGAGUGGAGCAGCGAAGCCACUGUGUGGUUCCAGAACCAAGUGGAUGGAGAGAAGCUCACUGCGCGUGUCCUUACCGUCACCGAACAGGGAUACGGUGUCGAACUGGAGUGCAGAGGGCACAGCAUCAAAGCUGGCCUCAUCUCUAAUCUCUUCGGCAGAGUCCCUGGAGAUAUUCCCAAAGAGGCGCACUCCCGCUCGUUGCCCAGGGCCGAGCUGCAAACAGGCGUAACAGAGAAGGAGCACAGCCAAACGCAGGCCUCCAAACAGAUGCCCACAAAGAAAAGUGUUGCAACAUCGUCAUCAGGCCCAACGUUUCCAUUGGACUGGAAGACAGUGCAGCUGCCCAUCAAUGAGCCCUUCAAGCCCUACAUUGCAGCUGUUACUAGUCCUUCCCUUUUCUACCUGUUCAGACCCAACAACGUGGACCAGCAAAAGCUCUGGGAGAUGAUGCUGGAGUUGGCUGUGUUCUGCAGGAACAACCAGGCCACUUUGUCCUCUUCCAAAAUAAUCCCCGGGGUGGCCUGUUGCGCCCAGUUUUCUAGUGAUGACAAAUGGUACCGUGCUGUUGUUUUUGAGAUGGCCGACAAUGAGGUGUCAGUCAUCCACGCAGAUUUCGGCAACACUGAAAAGCUACCAGUUUCUCGAAUUUUGCCCAUCCCCGAACACCUUUUGCAGCUUCCUUUCUCGGUAGUUCGCUGCGCCUUACAUGGUAAGAAGCACUUCCCUGCCCAGUGGCCACCGCAAGUGCUGCAGGUCUUCCAGGGCUUGUUGCAGAGCAGCAUCCUCGCGACUGCACAAACUUUCGACGGCUCUGCCCACGUCCUCUCAGUCACCCUGCCUGCUGAGAAGGGCGGUGCCGACCUCACUGCCCUCGUAUUAGACAUGCUGCAGGCCCAAAUCGAAAGCCCUCCUAUCCCAUCCCCUGCCUUUAACCACAUAGAUAGCACCAGCUCUACAACUUCCCCUGAUCGCCUUAAGACUACCCUGGUGCCAAGUGAGGAAAAUAUAGCGAUAGCCACUGAGCCACCUGUGAGCUUGGAAUCGACCCCCCAAAGCCCAAACCAAACGCAUAGCACUGCAGCAGAGCUUUAUAAGGAUGCCGAGGCCUCUGCAUGCUGCUGUCUGAGUUUAAAGACCAAGAUGGAGAACCUGGAGCAGAUGAUGGAGCUGCAGCUGUCCUUACUGAACAUGUGUCUCCAACAGUUUAAGUCCUAAGCUAAUUGUUACUCUCUGUUCUCUGUUCAUUUACAUGUUUUUAUUGUGGUUGACAAACAAGUGAAGAGUCUUUUUCUGAUUAUUUUGUUUAUACGUUUUAAGAUUUUGUUGUGUGGAACGUGCUGCGCUGCCAUGGCCUCAUUUGUUUGGUUCUUAUCUCGUGCUCAGGU